AUGAGUUACUCUGCUCGGAUGAUCGUCGUCCUUCUUCUGAUAUUGCCUGCCGUCGUGGUCGUCCUUGAGAUAUUUUCUGCCGCACCCAAGCUACGGGAUGAAGAAGACGGCCCUCCUAUCUUUACUACGCCGCUAUGGGUGGCCGACGAUGAUGAAGAAGAUGUUCCUAGCAUUAGUACGCCAGAGUCUUACCUGAGGUGCAUGAGGAUGUUGGAAUCCGAUUCCUGCGACUUUUUCAUGGACGAGUUUUGCCAUAUGCAAUUUCGGCAUUUGCCAUAUGUGAAGUUACUGCCGCGUAACUAUGUAAAAGCUCUCUCCAUAUGGUACCACAACAACCAGACACGUGUCGAUCUCAAAAUCUGCCAACUCAAUCUCAGUCGUUGCCCAGAGCAGACACGGAAACUCUAUGACGCCUACGAACAUGAUGACCGGCUGUGGGCGAGACCAACAAAGUGCAGGAUAAUUAAUUAUCAGAUGAAGAUACCAAACGUCAUCAUUUGCACAAACCAUAGCAUUAUUCUUCUUCUGACGAGUGGUGCCAUAUGGAUUUUCGGUACCGCGCGCAACAACCAGAAGCGGGUCGAUAUUGAAAUCUGCAGCCUUAAUCUCAAUCGUUGUCUAGAGCAGACACGGAAACUCUAUCACACCUACUUACAUGAUCCACACUAA